GGAACCUGGCAACCUCCGACCAGCGCAGCAGUGGGAGGUGGCGCGUUCAGCCUGCAGCGGAACUCUGCCCGAUAUUAGGUCCACUUUAACGUCACUGAAACACAACCAGCGCCUUGUUUUGGAGGGUUUUUUUUUUGUUUGUUUGUUUUUUCUGCCGACAGACGAUUAAAAAAAAUGGGACACGGCCACAAAGUGUCCUGCGUCCUUUGUCAAGGGGACAAAGAGACGAAAAUAACUGGACCGCUAUCGACCAAAGAUCAAGUCACAGCUCACCAGAACUGUUUGUUGUAUUCCUCUGGGAUUUUUUGCCGGGACUCCCCACAGUUUGACGAUCUGUUCGGUUUCUCCGUGGACGAUGUGUUGGAUGAGGUGAAACGAGGAAGCAAACUGAUAUGUAGCCGGUGUAAGAAAAAGGGUGCCACUGCCGGGUGUGAGGUCAAACGGUGCAAGAAGUCCUACCACUACCCAUGUGCUAUUCUGGAAGGAGCUAAGGUUUUUGAGGACUCAGAAAGGGAAUAUUUUUGGCUGUACUGCUCAAAACAUCAACAACAACAAGAGAAGGACAGCACUGUUAAUGGAUGUGCUUCUUCCCUCACAAAGCCCGGAACCUCCAAAAACCCCAGUGAGGCUGGACCGUCUAAGUUUUGCCUUACCUGUGAGAGGACCGAGGGGAACAUCAGCUUGGAAAGUGUGUCUAACAGGAUUAUGAUAGUCUAUUGUGCCAAACAUACUCCUAAAUCACAGAAGAGGAACACCAAUGGCGAUUCGUCAGCAGCCGGGCCGUCUGCGUGCAGCAGUGACUCCAACUCAUCCAGCAGUAUCAAGCGCUCACAUACCAAGAGGCCGUUGAGUUCUGGCAACAAACGGGGAGAGCCCUCACCUAAACGUACACCUGAAAGCUGGAGCAGGAUAUUAACCGAUGACUCUUCAGAACCAGAUGAACCUGACGCAGACAUAGCGAUAUUUGCCCCUUUAGAGUCUGACAUAGACGGAAGUGUAGGCUCUCAAGUAGAGUCCCAGUUGACCAGAAACAACAGUCAUCCCACUGAGUCCGCCUCAGGAAAUCACGUUGAGGACGAGAGUAAAGAUGGAAAUAAAGAUGACGAUGAAACCGAUGUUGAGUCUGAGAGUCUGCUGCCUCCCGUGAGGAGAAGUGCGGAGCCUCAGCCACAUUCGAUGACAAGUGAGAGUGAAUCAAGUGAUUAUGGUGUGAUUUUGCUUGAGGCGGUGGAGGUGGUGAAGGCAGAUUGUGAAGCGUCCAGUCCUGAGCCGAGGCCUGUCCACAGUCCUGAUCCACACACUGCUGGACCUUCUGCCCCACAGCAAAGCUCCACCAGCCCCCCUCCCUCUCCCAACCUCUCCAGACCCUGCAGUGUCACCAGACGGGCCAUUUCCCCAGCGCCACCUGAAACCGUCUCCCCUCCUGCAGCGCUCCCCUCUGAUCCAGAGCCCAGCAUCGACUCCACCAGCUUCUGGAAAAGCUGCAACGUGGCGAGAUGCACACAGGCCAUCUUCACUGAUUUUAUUAAUGAGAUGAACAGUAUCUCCAGCAGAAUUCAGUCAGACCAGGCCAGCCAGGAGGAUUAUGAUCUAGCACUCAGAGUGAUGGAGGCUUCUGGGAAACUGGCAGAGCAUGUGGCCAAGCAGCAGAAAGAGUUACAAAGGAAACAGACGGAGCUGCAGAAGGCGGCAGCAGCCAUGAAGGAGGUCGUCUCAGCACUGAGGAGAUAACAUGCGACAUAACAUAACAGUGAACAACAUGGACAUCGCUGUAUACAGUUCUCUUCUUUUUUGUGUUACAAAUACUCUGUCUUUUUAAACAUUUCCUACAAAGAAUAUCUAAAUGUAUUUUUAAUUAUUAUACCUUAACAUUUAACAGUGAAUAGGGCAGGAUGUGGAAAUACAACCGUAUUUCAUAUAUAUAGUUGUCAGUGAUCAUUCUCAAGCCACUGUCUCAAACUUCUGUGUGUAAUCAUGGUGUGUUAAUGUCACAGUUCCAUUUAGAUAAGAAGUUGCACAGAAAUGUGUCACGUUACAAAAAACAUUCAACAAAAGAAAUAGUGUUGAAAAUGUUCCAUAUCCAACAAUACCUCAUUAACCAAGUUUAUCCAACUGUUUAGAUGGGAAGAUUGGAUGUUUUUACAAAUAUUUUUGUACUGAUGUUUGUUCAACGUUAUUAUGUUGAGCUGAGAUGUUGUGUGCCAUUCACACUCUCUUGAGGUACUGAAAAUCCAUUUACAAUGGAAAAUAUUUUUUACUGUGAACUGUCAAAUGGAAAAACGAAAACAUUCUGUGAAUGUUUAAAAUGUUUUCAUAUGUUUCUUGUGUAGCCAUUUGUGAAUGCUUGAGUUGGGAUACAGGCUCCAUUUUACAAAGAAAGUGAAUAAAAUGUGAAGAAUUAUAUUAUAAAUAUAUUAUUAUGGUAUUAUUGUGACCGUAAUAAUAAUUAUAAUAAUAGAGUUUGUCUUUAUACCAAACAGUGGUUUAUAUGUUUUUGUUUUUUUACCACUGGUCAGUAUUUAUGAUAAGUUCUUCCUCACCCUUAUGUCACUUGUAUUGUUGCCAGUUAUCUGGUCUGAUGCAACAGUUUGGUUUGGUUUGGUUUUUUUACUUGAUUGCAUUCACAGUAAACUUGUUAAAUCAAAACUUAAUGUUAGUAAGACUAAAAUAGAGCUACAGUUUACAGUUGAGCAUUUGUUUCUGUAUACUGAUGGUAUAGAGGAGGCCAUAAGGGUCCGUUAUUUUCACAAAGCAUGUUCAGUCUUCUUGUUCAGAAAUACAUUGUUCAUAACUGGUUGAGUUAAAACCAUAAAUGUUCGUAUGAAGCUGCA